CUGAACCCUACAACACCACUAGAAUCCAAUUGUCCUCCGGAUAAACCCGAACUGGGCCGUGCUACAUGGACUCUGUUACACACAAUGGCAGCAUACUACCCAGUCGAACCGUCUGAAAGGGAUAAGCAGGAUAUGGCGGGCUUUCUAAGAGGAUUCGGACUAUUUUACCCCUGUGUGCCCUGUGCGCAUGAUUUGCGCAAAAAUAUGAUACUGAACCCACCCCAGUUACAAAGUCGUGAGGCUCUGAGCGGUUGGCUGUGCAUGCAACAUAAUUUGGUGAACAAGAAAAUUCAUAAGCCUCUAUUCGAUUGCUCAAAAGUAUUGGAACGAUGGCGUUAUGGCUGGAAAGACGGUUCAUGUGACCUUCCCGAUGUGGAUUAG